AUGGAUGCAGAUGGUUUUCCUAUAGCAACAAUUAGUGGUAGAAAUAUCGUAGAUGAUAAUACUACACCAAUUAAAUCAACAAAACGUGGUAAACGUGCUCCACUUUGUCCAGUUAAUUCAAAUGGUAAUAAGGAAAAUGGAAAUUUAUCAAUGUCAUCAUCAUCAUCACCAUCACUAAAAUAUAUUUCAACUUCAAAAAAUAAUCAAUCACUAAGUUUAGAAACAUCAAUUCAUUCUGAACAUUCAAAUUCAAUAAAAACGGAUCUUAGUAAGAAAUCUGAUCAUUAUGAAGUAACUAGUACUGUAGAUGAAGAGGAUACAUAUGAACAAGAACAAAAAUCUAUAGAUCAAACAUUAAAUCCAUCAAUGUUUGAUCGUGAAAAUACAAUGGUUUCAUCAUAUACAACAGGUGGUGAUAAUGAUGUUAUUGAAAUUCAUCAAUUUAGUACGGCUGAUGUUGAUGCUUAUCUUGAUAUUUAUUUUGAAACACUUGAUAAUCGUUUACGACGUUAUAUUGGAGAUGAUGAACAUUUACAACGAUUUCGUGUAGCAAUGAAAAAUCGAAUAAAUUCGAAUCCAAAUGCACGUGAAUAUCAAAAUGUUCUUCUUGGUAAAAUUAAUGGUGAAGUUUUAGCUGCAGUAACAAUGUUAUUUCCAAAAGAAUCACCAACUGUAUCCGAAACAUCAGAUAUUGAACCACAAAAUAAUUGUUUAUCAUCAAUGCAUCGUUGGAUGACACGAAAAGCAAAUUAUAUUCCAACAAAUAUUGAUGAAUGUUAUAUUGAAAUGAUUGGUGUUAAAAGUGCUUAUAGAAAUCAUGGUAUUGGUUCAGCUAUGCUUGAAUGUGUUGAACAAUAUGCACGACAAGCUGGUGCAAGUUUAUUAACAAUACAUAUAAAUGGACAACAAUUACGAAAUUAUUUUGAACGUUUUGGUUUUAUUAAUGAUACGAAAGAUAAUUCACAAUUUUGGAAAUGGAUUGUUGAACGACAAAGUAUUUAUAAAUUAUCAAAAGUUCUUCCACCGGAAGAAGAUGAUGCCUAUCGUCAAAUGGGUAGUUAUACUAGUGAGAGUCUGGUAGAAAGUAAUCAUGAAUAA